AUGGCCUUGGCUUCUGAUAGGGGGACCCCGCGCGUGCUGUUUGGAGAAUGGCUUCUGCGCCAGGUCAGCAGCGGCCGCUACGAGGGACUGCGGUGGCUGGACGCGGCCCGCACGCGCUUUCGCGUGCCCUGGAAGCACUUCGCGCGCAAGGACCUGGACGAGGCAGACGCGCGCAUCUUCAAGGCAUGGGCCGUGGCCCGUGGCAGGUGGCCGCCCAGCAGCUGCCCGGGCGCCCUGCCACCCGCGGAGGCCCCGGAGCGCGCCGGCUGGAAAACCAACUUCCGCUGCGCCCUGCACAGCACGCGGCUCUUCGUGAUGCUACAGGACAACUCUGGGGACCCCGCUGACCCGCACAAGGUGUAUGCCCUCAACCCCGCACCAGGACGGGGAGGCCCCAGCAGGCAUGGAACAGAAGAGGCCCCCACAGAUGGCUGGCCCAUGAGGGGUGAGCCAGCUGAGCAGCCCCUGGAAGCCGCUGGUGAGAGGCCCGACCCUGUGCUGGCCUGGGCUGGAGCAGCCAGUCGGAGCCUGGAGCCUGUCACCUUGCGCGGCCUCCCCGCCCCCGCUGAUGGCGCCCAGGAUCUCUUGCAUCAUGCUCUGCAGCAGAGCCACCUUGGGGACCAUCUUCUGGAAGCAUCAUGGAGGGUGGCCCCAGCCCCCCAGCAGCCUCCUGGCCCUGCGCUCGCCUCUGGGGAGCUGCACACACAGUGGGUCGCGAAGGCGGCCCCCAGCGCCCCCCCACAACCCUCAGCCUGGCACCAGGCCCUGAUGACAGAUGCCUGCCCGCAGGUGGUGCAGGAGGUGGCACCCCACGCCUCACCUGCUCCCCUCCCCUGGGCCCCACUGGCAGAGCCCAGACAGGAGACCCUGGAGGUGACCAUCAUGUAUAAGGGCCGCCCGGUGCUACAGGAGAUAGUUGGGCGCGUCAGCGUGCUCCUGUACGGUGCGCCCUGCCCCACCGCCAAGGCCGCGGGUGCCCAGUUCGUGGCCUUCCCCAGCCCCGCGGAGCUCCCAGACCAGAAGCAGCUGCGCUACACGGAAAAGCUGCUGCAGCACGUGGGCCCCGGGCUGCAGCUGGAGCUACGGGGGCACAGCCUGUGGGCACAGCGCCUGGGCAAGUGCCAGGUGUACUGGGAGGUGGGCGGCCCGCUGGGCUCCGCCAGUCCCUCCGGCCCUGCCCGCCUGCUGCCUCGCAAUGCCGACACCCGCAUCUUUGACUUCCGAGACUUCUUCAGGGAGUUGGUGGAAUUCCGGGAACGGCGGCGCCGCAGCUCCCCACACUACACCAUCUACCUGGGCUUUGGGCAGGACCUGUCCACCGGGAGGCCCAAGGAGAGGAGCCUGAUCCUGGUGAAGCUGGAGCCGUGGCUCUGCAGGGUGUACCACGAGAACGUGCAUCGAGAGGGCAUCUCCUCCCUGGAUAGUGGCAGCCUUGACCUCUGCCUGUCCAGCUCCAACAGCCUGUACGACGACCUUGACCGCUUCCUCAUGGAGCUAGGACAGCCUGCCUAG